GCUGCCGCAGCCGCCAUGCUGCCCGCCGCGCUGCUCCGCCGCCCCGGUUUGGGCCGCCUCGUACGCCAAGCCCGUGCCUACGCUGAGGCCGCCGCCUCCGCGGCCCCCGCCGCGGGUCCCGGACAGAUGUCCUUCACGUUCGCCUCUCCCACGCAGGUGUUCUUCAAUGGUGCCAACGUCCGGCAGGUGGAUGUACCCACACAAACAGGAGCCUUUGGCAUCCUGGCAGCCCAUGUGCCUACCCUGCAGGUCCUGAGACCGGGUCUGGUUGUUGUCCAUGCUGAGGAUGGCACUACCACCAAGUACUUCGUGAGCAGCGGCACAGUCACGGUGAAUGCAGACUCUUCAGUGCAGCUACUGGCAGAAGAGGCAGUGACUUUGGACAUGCUGGACUUGGGGGCAGCCAAGGCGAACUUGGAGAAGGCGCAGUCGGAGCUGUUGGGGGCAGCAGAAGAGGCUUCAAGGGCCGAGAUACAAAUUCGAAUUGAGGCCAAUGAGGCCUUGGUGAAAGCCCUUGAGUAGGCGUGCCUGCCAGAUACCUGCUUCCAUUUACCUCCAAGGACAGCCUGCUUGUGGUCCAUAACCCCAAUUAAAGACCGAGGAGUCCAACUUGUGUGCACUGGUUUUGUGUCCUGC